AAUCUCAUGGGUGGCGGCAAUGGAAAAGAAACCUGCCAUGAGUAACUACUUAAGGGGAAAAAACGAAAUUAGGAAAGAAACCAUUUAUGAUAACUCAAAGGGAAGCUCAUUACUUUUCGAAGCGAGAUCGGGAUGCCUUAGAACACGCACCUAUAAAGCGAGAUAUAAGAAUGAAGAAGAAACAUGUGCUUGCUGCGGUAAAGCUAGGGAAACGACGGAACAUAUUUUAUUAGAAUGUGAGGACGUCUACCCAGCGGUCGAUUUAGGCACCACUGGCCUCCUUGAAGCCCUUGGGUUCAGCGGGAGCAGUGGUAAAGCAAACAGGUCCGCAAUAGACAUCAGUAAGAGGCGAUUGGAGGAUUGGUGGAAGAAAAGUAGGGAAACGACAAAAGACGGAGACGUACAAAAGCACAGUUCGCAAUAGGGUAUCAGAAAAUUUGGACGUGGUAAUUCAUAGUGGUUUUUUUUUUUUUUUUUUUUUUUUUUUCAUUGGUGAACAUAGGUAGGAUAUUAGGCAGCAUAGUAGUAAGAGCUUGGUGGCGCAAGCCACCGCCCCGUUCCAAAGGGGACGCUCAUAACAUCCAUCCAUCCAUCCGUAAGUGGCUUUAAAUUAGUUGUAUACGUAUUUAUGUUCGUUAUUUUUGUUGUUUUAAAAAUUGGCUUAAACCAUGAGCCUGUGCGCUUCUUUUGGACCACUGCAUUUUUGGAGCGAGCCACAGUUAUUAUCAUCAUCAUCAUAAUCUACCGUGUAAGUAACGCGGAGCAUCGCCGUGGCUAUUUUCACGCCGAAGUGCAUCGCGCCGUCAAUCGAGCACGCAAUGCGGAUAGGUGUAUCUACGGCGGUGUACCGGUCUACGUACUACGUUUACGGUGCUUUGAAUCGACCAUUGUCGUUCCUUCUAGUGCGAACCACGACCCGACUGACGUGAACUGAGACACAAAAAAAAAGAAACGCCAUGGCGAGCAGACUGGCUUUCUUGCCUCGCACGUUGCGUUCUCUGCAACGAUCGCUCAGCUCCGCUCCUACGGUCGUCGGUGCGGUGCGGUUCUCGUGCGUACUUUCGUCCCCUGCGCCGUCGUCGCUGCUUCGCACAAACUCCGCCGCGUGCAUCGUCACGUCUCGGAGGUUCUUGCAGAGCGAAACGUCGCCGCCGAAGGCGGCGACGCAGGAUUUUGAAGACGGGGAAUGGACCACCAUCUUCCGCUACCCGUACAUCAGGUUAAUCCAAAUGCUGUGUCGAUUCAAGAUCUACCAGUGCGUGACCACCUUAGUCGUCGCUCCGCCGCUGCUUUUGUCGGAGUACCUGCACUGGAUGCCGUCGUACGCCAACGGGAUGCUCUUGUCGCUCACGAUGUCGGCCACCAUCGUGCUGUUCCUGACGGGCUACCUCUCCGAGCGGGUCGUCGGCAUGAUGUACGUGAACAAGGACUGCACGAAACUGCGCGUCGCCCGCAUGAACUUCUGGGGCCGGCGGCAGGACCACGUCUACGACGUCUCGGACAUCGCCCACUUGUCUGAUACAGGUCAAAUAUGGUCGUCGUGGUACAUCCAGCUUCACCGGUACAGCGCACCGAACGACCCGUUCCUUGUGUCUCUAAAACACGGUGGCAUCGUGGACAAGGAAUUGUUCACCAAAGUGUUCGGCCGUGACGUGGCGUAGUUAUACUAAUGUGACUUCGGCGUCUGCUUCCACUCGCUAAACCUUCUCCGCUGCCCAUCUCUGGAUUUCCGCUAUGGAGGCGCAGUGUCGUCUGAAUUACGAAGUUAUACCCCAGUCACAGGCGGCACUUUCGAUCGCGAGCGGGUCAGACUGGGAUUUUAACUCCUGGAUGGCGAUUGGUUCCCUUCUGAAGCUUGCGCAAAGGAGCCACACGUGAUCGUGAAUAUGAUCCCAACAAGAUGUGAUCGUGUUCGAAAGUGCCCGUUUGACACUGGCGCUAAAUGAAACAAACACCAACCGAGUAGGUUUUCGCCUCCUGGGGGAGCGGGGGGGUUUCACCGCCAGCGCUGCAAGACGUAUCUUUAGAACGCUGUUGUAGUUUGCCGGAAUCACUCUUGAUAAAAGUGUCGGAAGGACUCGAAAACGUUCAAUUAAAUCUAAUUCACCGA